UUUUACCUCUCUCUCCUCUCUAAUCUGUCCGCUUUUUGCUGCAAUUUUUACAACAAUUAGUAUAGUAUAGUAUUAUUUACAACCAUUUUUUAAAAAAAUCAUAAUCAUAUUGUAGAAAGUUGCUACAAAUAAAACAAAUCUAAUGGCUUGUCUACGGUUUUGGUCUACUCUUCGAUAGAGAGAAUCCUGACGCAUACACUCACAGUAGCUACAUGCCCUAAGGAGAGAAUAAUGUUGUUGUGAAUUUGAUAAGGAAGAAACGCUUAAGCUAUGGAAGCUCUUGCACUGUAUGAUUAUACCGCUCAAGAAUGGAAUGAAUUAACUUUACGUAAAGGAGACAUCAUCACCAAUAUUAAAUGUAUGAAAGGUGGUUGGUGGGAAGGAACUACGAAUAAAGAUGGUAAAAGAGGAUUUUUUCCCGAUAACUAUGUUAAGGUGCUUUCUGACAAUAUGAAUUCCAUCUCUGCAGGAACUCCUUUAUGUGGUAAGAAAUUCCGUGUCAAAUACAAUUACAUUCCGGCCAAUGUAGAUGAAUUAGAGUUACACGUUAACGACAUCGUUGAAGUGAUAUCAGAAAUCGAGGAAGGUUGGUGGGAAGGAAAAUUGAGAAAUACGAUAGGCGUAUUCCCUUCUAAUUUCGUUACCGAAAUCACCGAAGCUGAAUUAGCUGCUGAGAAAGAUACCAGUAAAACUGACUCUGACGAUGAAGUGCUACAAAAGGAUCUUAACGAUGGGCCAGUGCUACCUCCUAAACCCAAACAAGUGAAAGAAAUGUGUUUGGCAUUGUUUCCUUAUGAAGCUAAACAUGAAGAUGAACUCACUCUUAAAGAAAACGAUGUGAUAUUGUUGCUUUCAACCGAUUUACCAGACAAAGGAUGGUGGAAAGGACAACUUUAUGGUAAAAUAGGAGUAUUCCCAGAUAACUUCGUUAAAUUAAUCGCUGUUGAUGAAGAUACUUUAAGACCGGAUAAAUCUUCGCACGUUAAAACAAACAACAAAAUGAGCGAUGCUGUACCCAAACUGCCGAGUUAUAAUGAAGCUGCCCUUAGGAAAUCGAUUCAGUCUGAAGAUGUAAUUCAAAAGCCAGUAGUUUCCAAAAAACCAUCAUCUACUGAACAAGUGAAAUCGUCAAAUGAGAAAACUUCCGCUAGCCCUGAAAGAAAUAUUAAUGCCUCGUCAUUGUCAUCUUCCGAAACUUCAUCGUUGAUAAAAUCUGAUCAUGAAAGAUCCAGAAUAGAUUUAUUGAACCGCCCCAAUGUCGAAGCACCUCGCGGUAAAUCAUUCAGUACAGUUACUUCCAUUAACGAAAAACUUAAUGCUGAAUUUCAAGCUGCAUUCGCCGCCAAAGAAGCUGAAACCGUUGUUGAUGGUGGUUCAAGUAGUAAAGUUUAUAAAAUUGACCAUAAUAAACAUACAGUCAAGAAAGAACCGUCUAAUUCCAAAAUUGAAUCAGUUACUGGACGAGAAGUUGAUUUGAAUGCCAUUCAACGAGCAGAAUUGUUGACUCAUCCAACAGCUUCUCGAGCUAAAGCUCCGAAAAGAAGGCCGCCUUCUGGAAUAAAUUUUAAAGAAGAUGACGACCUUGUUGUCAACAACAAACCUAUGGAAUCUACGAAAAGCGUCAUAUCCGUAAAUGGAACCGCUGAUCCAGUCAACGAUAAAGCUAAAUCCUUCCCAUGGGUUGAAGAACUGAAGUUGAAUCAAGCCAAGAAGAAUUCUACGCAAGUAAAUCUCAGAAGUGGUUUUACUAGUAUGGGAUCAAACGUCACAUUUCGUUUCCAACGUCCAGUCUCCAUGUAUUCGGGUGAUUCGUCGGAACCUAACGUUAGUUCGACGUUUCAAGAGACGAAUGAUGUGUCCAAGAUGAACUCACAAGUCUCUGCACUUCCUGACAAAAAUUCGGAUAAACUUGUUACCAUACCAGCCAGUGAAUGGAAUGCCUUAAAUGAAAAAGUCAAUAAUUUAGAACAACGUCUAGAACAACAAGCGGAAUUUUUUCGCAAAAGUAUCGACCAAUUGAAGAUCAAAUUAGCCAAAGAAAUAGAAAAUCGAUUAGAAAUGAAAAACGAAAUAGAUAAGUUGACAGAUUUAGUUACACAAGUAUGAAGGCACACUUCUCCUAUGUGUACUGGUUGUUCAAUCAAAAUCAUUGUUUUUUUUCUAUUAAUCUACCUAUGCCAUUUUUAGUUCUUGUUAUUCUAAUUUUUUCAAGUGAAUUUUAUAAAUGUAUUUUACAUGGAUUUUAAUUUUUACCUUAAGUACUUACGUAAGCAUUGCCAUUUUAUUUGUUAAUGUAAUUUACGAUUUGUUUGUUCGGUUGUUCCUGUGGAUCAUUUUGGGUUUAUGAAUUUUUCUUUUUUGAAAAAAGUGCCACAUUGGCUUUUUCUUUUUUUUAUGCCAUCAAGUUUUUUUAAUUACAAUUACUGGAAAGUAACCGCAAUACAGGGUAUAUGUGUGUGUAAUGUAGUCCUCCUUUGCAAUUCAGAGUUUGAACGACAUUCAAUGAACAAAUUUGUACCUUUUCAAAUAUCUGAAAAUGGAAUUUCAGCGGCAAAAUUAAUUUUUUUUUGCUGAUCAUCUUGUUUAUGAAUAAAAAAUAGCUUGAAAUUCAAAAUUAUGAAAUCACUUUUUAUGGUUACUGAAUUUGAAAUCUUUCAAACAUUUUACUUAAAUUUUUUUGUACCAUGCUUCGUAUUAUUCCACUGUUCUUUCAAGAUGUUCCGCCCAUAUCCUCACUCAAUUCCGAAUUUAAAAUGACUUGCCCAUAUUUCUAUAGACUAUUCAUUUAUAAUACAUUCCAUUUAUUCUAAUGCAUUCCUUGAGCAUUUACAUAUGUAUAAUCGUUUUUUAUAACGAGUUUUUUGUGUUAACUAUGUACUUAACUUAUUUUUUUAAAUGCUGUACUUAAGUUGAAUUCGAAGGCGAUAAAGCGAGCUUUCUAUCUCCCUUCGAAGACUGAAACAUGAUGCUGGAAUAAGUUGGUGAAAUGCACAGCUAUCCGUUUUAAAAAUUGGAAAUACGUCCCUUUCCUACUUCUCAGUGAAGUAUUUAUUCUGGUCUCACUGUGCUGUACAACGAUUUCAAUACCAUAUCGCCAUUUUAAUUGUGAUAUUUCAAACAUUAUUAAGUAUUAUUAUUGAAUAGAAAAUUUUUUCUUUUGACUAGUAGAAUGAUUUUUGCGAA